AUGUCGGUUGACACGGACGUGGAAAAUGGCGAACUCCAUACGCCAUAUAGCUUCGAGAUUCCCCACGCUUUCAUCUACAACAAUUCUGAGCGACGGAUUUUCAGAUACUGUGGUCCCUACAUGGAGCUUGUCCAGCAGUUUGCCAAGACCCAGCACUACAAGCUGUUUCUCGACCCGAUCGAGAGCUUGCCCAAGAAGUCGGUGCUGGAGGAGGAUAUUGUGGAAGGCGUCUACAAUCUCUCACUCCAUGGAGUGACAAUGCGACCCGACAGCCUGGGCGAUCACUUUGAGUUGAUUCGGUACAGCUACCCACUGGAGGUGAUGACCAAUUGUGUGAUGGUUCCUCUGGCUCCGGAACUGCCCAAAUGGAUGUACAUGGUGUGGCCACUGGGCAGGUACAUAUGGACGUGCCUCUUCCUGGGUACCUUCUACGUGGCCCUGAUGCUGAGGUACGUGCACUGGAGGGAGCAUAAGAGUAUAUCCCGUGACUACACCAGAAACGUGCUCCAGGCCAUGGCCAUUCUGAUGUUUAGCCCCAAUAUGAACAUGGCCCUGAAGCUGAAACACGCUUCCCUGCGGGUGAUCCUCUUCUACACCUUGCUGUUCGUCUUUGGCUUCAUCAUUACCAACUACCACAUCAGUCACAUGACGGUCUACGACAUGAGGCCGGUAUUCGUUCGCCCCAUUGAUACCUGGUCGGAUUUGAUUCGUUCCCGAUUGCGAAUUGUUAUUCCGGAAAUAUUGCUGGACGAACUGCGCCUUCUCGCGGAUUACCAGGCCCUGCUCUCGAGUCCUUCGCGCCUGCAUGCCUACGUGGUCACCCAAGAUGCUUGGCGAUUCUUUAACCGGCAGCAGCGUGUGCUCAUUCAGCCGUAUUUCCAUCGGUCUCAGGUGUGUUUCGGUGGCCUCUUCAGUGCCCUGCCCAUGAGCAUCAAUGCCAGCUUUGCCAUUUCCCUGGACCACUUCAUACUCAAUGCCUGGCAGGCGGGUCUCUGGUCGCACUGGGAGGAGGUGGCUUUCUACCACGCUCGUCUUGCUGGCUAUGCAAAAAUAUUCCUGGACACCUACCCCGUGGAGCCAUUGAAUCUUCACUUCUUUUUAACGGGCUGGAUCGUCUUGGCCCUGGGAAUACCUCUCAGUACUCUGGUCUGGUGUUUGGAGAUUUACGUCCAUCGAUGGAAGGCAAGGAGACUGCAAUACGAUCGCUUCGAGUGCUGCGAUGGUUAG